AUGUUUAAAAUACCAGAAUUAUAUCUAUCACAUUAGGAUUAUUUUUAUUUUAUAAAGUAACAAAAAUAUAAAAAUCAGUUCAUUUAAUCAAUAUUGAAUAAAUCACCUAAAUUAGAAUAAAUUACUCUAUAUUUUCACCCACUUUCAUCACCCUCAAGAGCUGUUAGAUCACUAUUAUUAUUGGCAAAAAUUGAGUUUAAUGAAAAAAUUAUAGAUAUUCUGAAAUCUGAAAAUAAAUCAGAUCAAUAUUCUCUAAUAAAUCCUAAUCAAACAGUUCCAUCUAUCAAAUAAGGUUCAUUUACAUUGUUUGAAAGUCAUGCUAUUUUAAAAUAUAUUUGUGAAUAAUAUAGGCUAUCUGAUUUCUACCCUUAAGAUAAUUUAAAACUUAAAGCUUAAAUCGACAGUUAUCUAGAUUUUCAUCUUAAUGAAAUGAAAUAAAUCACAGAAUAUGUCAUGAUUUCAUAAAAUAAUUAGAAUUAAUAAGAAUUAAAAGAAAAAUAAAAAAAUAAAAAAAUAUAGAUUAAUUGUUAUUAUUUUUUGUUAAAGUUUUUCUUAAUGAAGGAAAAUAUAAAUACAUCUACAACAAUAAAACUAUCUCAAUUGCAGAUUUGA